AUGACUUCGGUGCGCAUCACAUCGUCCGCCCUGGGCCAGUCUCAGCUGGUCAGCAGGCAAAUCGCCCGUGCCGCCCUCCCCCUCUUCUGCUCGUCGUCUGCACAGACGCCUUUCCCUAAGCUGUCCCCUUCUUCGUCGACGUCGUCCGCCAGCCGCCGUCCAGGCUCUGCCGCAGCUCCCUUUUCCACAACCACGGCCGCCCGCAUGCGUGAUUUCUUCCCCGCUCGCGAGACGGAGCACAUCCGCCAGACACCGCCCGCCUGGCCCCAUCACGGCUACACCGAGGCCGAGAUGCUCGCUGUCGUCCCCGGCCACCGCGCCCCCGAGACCAUGGGCGACCGCUUCGCCUGGUACCUGAUGCGCGUCUGCCGCUGGGGCAUGGACACGGCCACGGGCAUGCGCCGCGACCAGCGGUCCGACAAGACGCAUCCCACGACGGCCGUGGCCGCCGAAAAGCCCCUGACGGAAGCCCAGUGGAUGACCCGCUUCAUUUUCCUCGAGUCGAUUGCCGGCGUGCCCGGCAUGGUCGCCGGCAUGCUGCGGCACCUGCACUCCAUCCGCCGCCUGCGGCGCGACAACGGCUGGAUCGAGACCCUGCUCGAGGAGUCGUACAACGAGCGCAUGCAUCUCCUGACUUUUAUGAAGAUGUGCGAGCCCGGCUGGUUCAUGAAGCUCAUGAUCCUCGGCGCCCAGGGCGUCUACUUCAACGCCAUGUUCCUCUCCUACCUCCUGAGCCCGCGCACCUGCCACCGCUUCGUCGGCUACCUCGAAGAGGAGGCCGUCCACACCUACACGCGCUGCCUCGCCGAGAUCGAGGCCGGCCACACCCCGGCCUGGACCGACCCCAACUUCACCGUCCCCGAAAUCGCCGUCCGCUACUGGAACAUGCCCGAGGGCAAGCGCACCAUGCGCGACCUGAUCCUCUACAUCCGCGCCGACGAGGCCGGCCACCGCGGCGUCAACCACACCCUGGGCAACCUCGACCAAAACGCCGACCCCAACCCCUUUGUCAGCGAGUACAAGGCCGGCCGCGAACCGCCAAAGCCGCUGGCCCGUGCAGAGGGCUACGAGCGUAACGAGGUUUUGUAA